AUGUUGUCCAUAGGCACUAGUUUAAGAAAAGUUAUAUACUUGGAAAGCAGAUGUGCGACAACAAUCGCCAGUGCUUACGCGAAGUUGGUUGAGGACAAUGUUCUGAACAAGGAUGACCAUCAGCUGUCAAUUGUCUCUCAUUUUGACUCCCUUUUGGAUUCUUUGAAAUCCUAUGAGGUUAAGCGAAACAAUAGGAAAGGGAUGUCUAAACUGUUCGACGUAUGGAAUAGAUUCCAGGGCAAGCAGGUAAGUCCUGCUCCUCGAGGGAUCUAUCUGUGGGGCACUGUCGGUUGUGGCAAAACCUUUCUAAUGGAUUUGUUUUUUGAUUGCUGCCCUUUCGAGGAUAAGGAACGCGUUCACUUUCACUCUUUCAUGCAAGAUGUGCACAAAAAUAUGCAUAAACUGAAGAUGGCACACCAUGGUGAGCCAGGUACCUUUGAUCCAGUGCCGCACAUUGUUGACGAAAUCAUGAACAGCUGUCGGCUCUUGUGCUUCGAUGAGUUCCAGGUAACUGACAUUGCGGACGCUAUGAUUCUAAAGCGAUUCUUUUCCUUGUUAUUCGACGAAGGUCUCGUUGUUGUUGCUACCUCGAAUAGACCUCCGAAAGACUUGUAUAAGAAUGGAUUACAGCGUCAUCAGUUUGUUCCAUUCAUCAGCAUCUUGGAGAACAGAUGCCGUACACUCAGCUUGGAUUCUGGCAUUGAUUACCGGAGAAUCGGAAGCACAGAGGCUGAUAAAUUCUUUGUUCGCUUGAAAAACGGUGACGUGGAUAGGCAAUGCGAUCGUGUGUUCAAGGAAUUAGUUGCUAAUGAGACCGACACGGUUCGCACGAAAACGCUCAACAUCUUAGGACGAACAGUGGAGGUGAAGAAGUGCUGUGGUGGAGUUGCAGAUAUUGACUUCGUUGAUGUUCGAUUAGUCGUCAGCGCUGAAGCAACUGUAGAUAAACUUUUCCAACUGAAUGUUGAUGUGGAGGGAGAGGUUGGACUUAGCGAUUCACAAAGAUUGCUGAUGGACGUUUUGAGCAAGAAUGAUCCCAAUGUAGAAACUAAUCAGGAACAAUUUGAGGCGGCAUCGUUAAAGUUGAGUCGUUGA